AAUUAGGUUAAAAUCUCUAGAUUAAACCAUCCAAUUUAUUCUAGACUUUCCCGCCAUAAAGUCUGUAAGAAAGAACUCGUUCUUUAGUAAGGAAAGAGACGCAUGGAAGGUGCUGGUGGUAAUGGAGGAAGCGGCAUCAUAGCCAUGAAAGUGAACCAAAAACCUUCAAAUUCUUCUGUUGAACCUUGUUGCGAUAUUGUACAAAUUUGGCCUCUUUACUUCCCGCAAAUUGAGCUGUCCUUCCAAGAUUGGAGAUACCUUCUCAUUUCUAAAUUUGCUUGCUUCUUCGCUACUCCUCGAGGCAAACUUAUUGUUUCUCAGGUAAAACAUGAAGAUGGUACAUUCUUUUUACCCCUUAACUUUCAAGAGUUGAGAAAGAUUUGUGACGUUGAUUGUUUCUAUGUCAACCUGGAAGAAUACCCAAAAGAAGCUCUUUUAUGCAUGGGUGCUGCCAUCCAUAAGGUUUCACCUUUACAGGGGAAAAGAAAGUUAGAAUCUCAUCUAAAAUUAAAUAUCCGUCUCCAUAACUACCCUGAAUCGAUGAUUGCUUUGAAGAACUUAAAGGCAGCAUAUAUUGACAGGUUGGUAUCAGUGCGUGGUACUGUGGUUAAGGUCAGCACUGUUAGACCACUGGUGAUGCAGAUGACGUUUAAAUGUAUUCAGUGUGGAGCAGACAUCAUACGUUUCUUUCCUGAUGGGAAAUUCUCUCCCCCAGCAACUUGUAUAAUGCGAUGCUGCAAAGGCAAAACUUUUGCACCGAUUAGGUCUUCUGCUCAGUCUGUUGAUUUUCAGAAAAUAAAGUUGCAGGAGCUUCUGAAACCUGAACAUCAUGAAGAAGGCCGUGUUCCUCGGACUGUUGAAUGUGAGCUUUCUGAAGAUCUUGUUGAUGCUUGUAUCCCUGGUGAUGUGGUGACAGUAACUGGGAUUAUAAGGCAAAUUAACAAUUACAUGGACCUUGGUGGAGGUAAAUCUAAAAGCAAGUAUCAAGGUCUAUACUAUUUGUAUCUGGAAGCAGUCUCUGUGACAAAUGCCAAAUCACAGUCCAUGCCAGCAGACUCUGAGCAUUCUAUUGCUGAUUCUAGAGGAACUGAAAUUUCUGACUUGUUUUCAUUUUCUCCGAGAGAUUUGGAAUUCAUUGUGAAGUUCAGCGAGGAACAUGGUUCAGAUGUCUUUCGCCAAAUAGUUCAGUCUAUUUGUCCAUCUAUAUAUGGUCAUGAACUUGUAAAGGCGGGAAUAACUUUGGCGCUGUUUGGUGGGGUGCGUAAGCAUUCCAUGGAUCAGAACAAGGUACCUGUCAGAGGGGACAUUCAUGUAAUUAUAGUUGGUGAUCCUGGACUGGGAAAGAGUCAAUUACUUCAAGCUGCAGCUGCUGUUUCUCCACGUGGGAUUUAUGUAUGUGGAAAUGCUACGACUAAUGCUGGCCUGACUGUAGCUGUUGUGAAGGACCGCAUGACGAGUGACUAUGCUUUUGAGGCUGUAUUCCCUGUAGGUGCUGUUGUCCUAGCAGACCGUGGUCUGUGUUGCAUUGAUGAAUUUGACAAAAUGUCUGCAGAACAUCAGGCUCUAUUAGAAGCAAUGGAGCAACAGUGUGUCUCUGUUGCAAAGGCAGGACUUGUGGCGAGUUUAUCAGCGCGUACCUCUAUCUUAGCUGCAGCGAACCCUGUUGGUGGCCAUUACAAUCGCGCUAAAACGGUGAACGAAAACUUAAAGAUGAGUUCUGCUCUACUUUCACGAUUUGAUUUGGUUUUCAUAUUGCUGGAUAGACCUGAUGAACAUAUGGAUAAACGGCUAUCUGAGCACAUUAUGGCUCUUCAUUCUAGUUAUGGAGAUAAUUCCUCCACUGUAAAGAGAGUUUGCCAAGUAUCAGAGAGUAUUCAAGGGACAGAUGUUAGUACAACCAGUAAAUCCUUGAUUUCCAGGUUGAGACUAGAUCCUGGAAAAGAUUGUGAUUUUGUCCCACUACCUGCUCCACUUCUCCGGAAAUAUAUUGCAUAUGCAAAGGCUUUUGUCUUUCCAAAGAUGUCUCGGUCAGCAGUAGAGAUCCUGCAGAACUUCUACUUAUGGUUAAGAGAUCGUAACACUUCUGCUGAUGGUACUCCAAUAACUGCAAGGCAGCUCGAAAGUCUAGUAAGGCUGGCAGAGGCUCGUGCUAGGGUAGACUUGAGGGAUGAAAUCUCCGAGCAGGAUGCUUUGGAUGUAGUUGAAAUUAUGAAAGAAUCCUUGUAUGAUAAGUAUGUUGAUGAGAAUGGGGUUCUAGAUUUUGCGCGCAGUGGGGGCAUGAGUCAACAAAAAGAAGCAAAGCGAUUCUUAAGUGCUCUUAAUAAGCGAUCAGAGUUGGACCAGAAAGAUUGCUUUACAAUAUCUGAAAUAUAUGGUUUGGCAGAUAGGAUUGGUCUCAGAGUUCCAGAUAUUGAUGUAUUUAUUGAAAACUUGAAUAGUGUUGGUUUUCUAAUCAAAAAGGGACCAAGGACAUAUCAGGUGCCAUCAUCAUCAUACACAAGGACCCAGGCAUCAAGGUCAAGGGUCUAAAUAGACAAGAGCAGGAGGAUCUUUUGCUAGUUUUGAAGAUAGGAGUAACAUUUUGACCAAGCCAAAUUAGUAUCACAUCAGAAAAAAG